ACUUGCGGCGCAGGGCUGCGCUGUACAGCUGCCGCGGGAGAAAAGACUGCACGCUUGGGCUCCCCGCCUCCUUUUUUCCCUCCCCGCUUCCUCCCAAGGGACGCGCUUCUCCCGGGGUUCUGUCCCCGCAGCCUGCGCUCACCCGAGCCCGCCGCUCUUGAGGGCACCCAUACCGCAGUAAUGCCAGAGCGUGCCUGCGCGGGGAGCCCUCCCGAGUCCCAAGUGGCUGCCGGCUCCAGGCUGCUGCGCGCCCGUUAAUCGGAGCUCCCUCAGUCUUUUGGGCGCGCUUCUUUUUCUCUGCCACCCCGCACCCUGUGGCUUCAGCCUGAGGAGGAUUGCGAUAGCCUGGCGAGCGCGGCGCAGGCUGGUCCCGUCCCCGUCUCUGCCGGGUGGGUGAUUCUUCGUUGCCCGGUUUGCCUCCAAGUCGCUCGCCCCUUCGGCUUUGCUCGGGCUGACGACGAAGGGGAAGGCUUGUGACAUGUAACGGCGGCCGAGGGAAGGGGCUCUCCUCCUGCAGGGCCAGCCGUCAAAGGAAGUGCUGACCCCCACCCCGCGGUCGCCCCGGACAAUGACAGCCAUGAAGGAGCAGCAGCAGCAGGCGCAGUCUAACCCAGGCAACAGAGGAGGCCAGGCUCCAUCGCAAGACCAGGAACUUGGAAGCAACAGCCCACCACAGAGGAACUGGAAGGGAAUAGCAAUUGCAUUGCUGGUGAUUCUAGUUGUAUGUUCACUGAUCACCAUGUCCGUAAUUCUUUUAACACCAGAUGAACUGUCAAACUCUUCAGAAACAAGAUUAUCUUUAGAAGAUCUCUUCAGAAAAGAGUUUGUAGUUCACAAUCCAGAUGCGAAAUGGAUUAAUGAUACAGAAGUGGUAUAUAAAAACAGGAAUGGACAUGUUAUUAAACUGAAUGUAGAAACAAACACAACUACAUUAUUGCUGGAAAAUGCAACUUUUGUAACUUUCAAAGCAUCAAGAUAUUCAGUAUCUCCAGAUUUAAGAUAUGUUCUCCUUGCUUAUGACAUUAAACAGGUUUUUCAUUAUUCUUAUACAGCUUCAUAUGUGAUAUACAACAUACAGACAAGGGAAGUUUGGGAGCUAAAUCCUCCAGAAGUAGAGGACUCAGUUUUACAGUAUGCAGCAUGGGGUGUACAAGACCAGCAACUGAUUUAUAUAUUUGAAAAUAACAUAUAUUACCAGCCUGAUGUAAAGAGCAGCUCUUUGAGAUUGACAUCUUCUGGGAAGGAAGGGAUUGUUUUUAAUGGAAUUGCAGACUGGUUAUACGAAGAGGAGCUGCUUCAUUCGCACAUUACUCACUGGUGGUCACCUGAUGGAGAGAGGCUGGCAUUCCUUAUGAUAAAUGACUCAUUAGUACCAAAUAUGCUUAUUCCUUGGUUUACUGGAUCUUUGUAUCCCAAAGGAAAACUGUAUCCAUAUCCAAAGGCAGGUGAACUGAAUCCAGUAGUCAAGCUUUAUGUUGUCAAUCUAUAUGGGCCAACACAUACAUUGGAACUCAUGCCACCAGACAGUUUUAAAUCAAGAGAAUAUUACAUAACGAUGGUCAAGUGGGUGAGCAACACUAAGACAGUGGUGCGGUGGCUAAACAGGCCUCAAAAUCUAUCCAUCCUUACAGUGUGUGAAACAACCACUGGUGCCUGUAGUAUGAAGUAUGAAUUUACAUCUGAAGUCUGGCUUUCUAAGCAGAAUGAAGAGCCAGUUUUUUCUAAAGAUGGUAAUACAUUUUUUAUGACAGUUCCAGUUAAACAAGGCGGUCGUGGAGAAUUCCACCAUAUUGCUAUGUUUAAUGUUCAGUUAUUUUUUAAGUACUGAAAAUUCACCAAGAGGAAGGCAAUUACAUAGUGUGUCAACAACUGAACUGCUGAAUCGUCAAUGCCUCUCAUGCAAUUUUAUGAAAGAUCGUUGUACAUAUUUUAAUGCAAAGUUUAGUCCUUCAAUCAAGUAUUUCAUUCUACAGUGUAAGGGUCCUGGUAUUCCAAUUGUCAGCCUGCACAGCACAGUUAAUCCUGAAAAGUUUUAUAUUUUAGAAAGUAACUCGGUUUUAAAAGAAGCAAUUUCAAUGAGAAAAACACUACGAACAGAAACUAGAAUGCUUCACAUUGAUGACUAUGAACUUCCUUUACAGUUAACAUUUCCAAAGGAUUUCUCUGAUCGAAAUAUGUAUCCACUUCUCCUAAUAGUUGAUGAAGUUCCAGGCAGUCAGUUGGUUACAGAUAAGUUUCACAUUGAUUGGGAUUCUGUGCUUGUCAACUCUGAUAAUGUCAUCAUAGCUCAAUUUGAUGGAAGAGGGAGUGGAUUUCAAGGACUCAAGAUUUUGCAAGAGGUUCACCGUUCAUUAGGAUCAGUGGAAGUGAAGGAUCAGAUAGCAGCCGUAGAAUACUUGCUGAAGCAAUCAUUUAUUGAUGGUAACAGACUGAGCAUCUUUGGAAAGGGUUAUGGAGGUUACCUUGCAUCAAUGAUUUUGAAGUCCAACGAAAAACUUUUCAAGUGUGGAGCUGUGAUUGCACCAAUUACAGACAUGCGACUGUAUGCAUCUGCCUUUUCAGAAAGAUACCUGGGCAUUCCAUCUAAGGAAGAAAAUGCUUACCAAGGAUCCAGCUUAUUGCACAAUAUUCAUGGUUUUAUGGAAGGAAAUGUGUUAAUCAUCCAUGGGACAGCGGAUACUAAAGUCCAUUUUCAACACUCAGCAGAAUUAAUUAAACAUCUAAUAAAAGCCGAAGUGAAUUAUACUAUGCAGAUCUAUCCAGAUGAGGGUCAUUACAUUACGUCAGAGAAGAGUAAAUAUCACCUUUAUAGCACAAUUCUCAACUUUUUUAGUGCUUGUUUAAAGGAAGAAACACCCAUUUUACCACAGGAAGUAGAAGAUGAUGAAUAAGGAAUGAAGAAUAGGACUUGUAUGAGGAUCACUACAACCACAUUUAAAGCUGACUGUAAAAAAAACAGAUUCUUUGGGAGCCUGAGGGCAGCCAAAGUUUAUAGCAGCAGAGCAGCACAUUUUGUGACAAUGGGCUAAAAGAACUGGGAUUUGAAUACACAAAUCGAUGUGCGAUGAAGGAACAAAACAUAUACCUUUGUGCAAGGCCAAAGGUUGGAUGCAGUUUUCUGAAAGAUAUUAAUUUUGCAUAAGAGUAGAGUUAGUGCAUGUUGAUUUUGUUACGAUUCACUGUUUGUUCAGUAUGUAGUUGCUCUGUUUUAUUUAGUAUGCACAUAACUUUUUGAUUUCAGGACAAUGCACACUUUCAUAGGCCGCUAAUAUUUGGGGAAGGGACUUGCAGUCUAAUAUUCAAUAGUAAUUUUAGAUUAAGUGCAUUUUUUUCACUAAGCAUCAAAAUAUUGGGGAAAAUGCAUUUUAGUUGACUGAAAGACAAAUCAGAUGAGUAGACUUUAAUUAUAAAUGUCAAGUGUUUAUACCAACUAAAUCAGUAAGCAAAACUGCAGUAGUAUAUGCUUGAACUUUAUGUAUAUACUCAAGAUUCCUUCCACAACAGUAACAACAAAAAGCAAUCUCCACUUUAAUAUAUAUAUAUAUUUUUAAGAAUACAAUUACACUUGUGUGUCAAUCGACAUCAACAACUAAAAUAAUUCCCCAGUUAAAAGUUGCAUAUUUUGAAUUACUAAGCAAUGUUUGGGUUGUGCUUUUUCUUGUAUUGUUUACAGUAUUUUGCUGGUUAUGCUCUAAUUUUAGAGUACAUUACUUUGUCACUUGUACAUUAGAUACAUGAAUAUUAAAUUAUAGUUUCAGAUAAAGAAAUUUUAUUAACAAUGUAAUGCCAUAGAGUAAUACUUUGCUGAGCUAUUUUGUAAAGCUGUCCCUCCCCCCAUUUCUUCAUACUGGUUGGGAUUUCAUUUUGAACUUCAGUGGUAGCGUAUUGCAGAGCUAUAUGUCAGAUUUCCUUUUGUGCUUCACAGCUGUUCAUUGAGUCUGUUACAAGAAUGAUUUAAACUCAGCUGAAUAAGUUAAAAAUUAUUUGUCUCCAUGUAGUUUCAAGAAAACUUCUGAUAAAUGAUUUUUAUUUUAUUUCAUUUAGAUGAAAAUCCUGCGGUGCAUCCAUGUAUUUAUCAAGGUGAAUUACACCCUUAAAAUGAUGCCAUGAAAUAAACAAACCAGGGAACUUUGGCCAUCAAAAUAUAACUGAGAUCAAGUGCUAUAUUUAUUUAAUUUUAGAGAUCUUUGGAGUAUGUAUAAGUGGGGCAAUUGUAAUGGUUUAAAGUUCCACUUCUCAAUAUUUUUUCCAGGGCUGGAUUCACUUAAAAAGCCUAAUUCUUGCAAUUUUCAGGGUUUUUAAAAAAUUUAUAUUUAUCCAUUUUUGCAAUGUGUUGUAACACCUGGAAGAUUUACAGCAUGUGUGCUAUUUUUAAAGUAAUAUUCUUAAUGCAUAAAUAUACCAUCUUUUUUAUUUUGAAAAUUACUUGCCUGAAAUAGUAAAUAGCAUACAUAUAUUUCUGCUAAGGUGAAAAGUUCAUUUUAUUUAUAAAUCAAAAGAGAUGCUGUUAUUCUAAAUUAUACUGCAUGUGAAAUAUAGUUUAGGAUAUUAUAGAAUAGAAUAGAAUAGAAGUUUAUUUAUAUGC